AUGUCAUACCAUAGCGUCGGAGUGCGCAACCGCGUCCAAUAUGCAACCCAGCGAAUCGAGCAGCUCGAGUCCAUAGAUAAGCGCCAUUGGAGGCUUGAAGAAAACGCUGUCGACAACAACCACUCGGCAUGUGUGGUCAUGCUAUCUUCGUAUAUCGAGACGAGCCUGCGACAGGCCAAGUAUCACCACGGGUUUCACAAAGCCGUAUUGUGUGUGGAAAUCUUCAAGCACAUGCUGUUCAACCUGGACCGGGAGGCGCUGUCGCCAUUGUUUGUGUAUUGUGAAGCUAUGGAGCACUUCGUCGCUUCGAUUCACAAAACCAAAGCCCUAGACGGAGCUAACAAUGCAGGAGUGUCCCCGUUGUCUCCAUCACCCACAACAACAGCACGGGAUACGCUAUCCCCUCGCUUCAAACGCAGUGGGGUCGCCCCCAUGCCGUUAACGAUUCCCCUCACGCCAGGACGGCCAAAACGAUUCAUCGAGUUGCCCAAGCAGGAACGACACGUUCUCCAAGUAGCGUUUUAUCUCAAAGAUGUCCUGACCAAGCUGGCUGGGAGCAUUGGUUCGAAACCGGCAGGCAAGUUCAAGUCCCAUCGCAUGCCGGUUGUUGCAACGUCGAUGACAACUACUACCGUGGAUAUCCUUCCGUUGGACGUUGUUCGAGCCCUUCGAGCAAUCAAAACCAAACUUCGCAAGAACGAAUUCUUUGCCGACUUGCCCAACUUGGUCGCUGAUGCCGGGAAAACAAGCAAAGGUGGCGACUCCCGUCAAGCCAACACCCAUCAAGCCUUUUCGAGUUUCUUCCUCUGUCUGCAUGAAGUCGUCCGAAGCACAUCGUACCACAGCAUUGAGCUUGCCGAUGGAGCGUUCGACUUACUCGGGGAAGUUCUCCGAGCGAUCCAAAACUACAUUGUCGAGGUGGUAGGCCAACGAAAGGAGCACAGGUCGCGCAUUCGUGGCUUAAGGGCGCUGCGUCAGCAACUUCGAGCGCAAUUCGCAGCGAUGGAAGCCGAGACUCACGAUAUCGCCCAAGAAGCCAUCAAGUUGUCCACGGUGCUCAGUGCGAUCGAGUUUGAGCUCGACGUGCUCCACGACGAGUGCGAGUGGCAUGCCCAAAGCAAACGCCUAUUUCUCGACACUGUACGAUACCAAGCUAUUCAAAUUGGUGCAUUGCGCGACGCGAGCGACCAGCCCCCCCUUGUGUUUGUCAACGCGGACGGCUCCAGCAAAGUGCUGCAGCCGGGCACUGCGAUCUUGCGGGCUGAGAACGUGCCCCACAUCCGGUACCUCGUGCAGCUACUUGCUCUGUCGCGAAGUUUCGUGCACGUUCGAUUGAACGAUCCGCGUGUGAUGGACGCCAACCCGAGCCGAAAACUGACGUUGAACAAAAUGAAUCACCAAGGCCGCGCGGAAACGCUCAAGAUGCACUUGAUGAACCAGCGGCCGCGAGACGCGGCGGCCGUAGUGGUGGACCCUACCCCUCCACCCAACGGCAACGAGGGGGCGGCAGGGGGGGCUUCGCCGGGGGAUAAAUCCGCGGCGGCGGCGGCCAACGCCUUGCACAAGGUCACGGACGCAGAACUGACCGCCCUGUCCUCGAUCCACGAAUGUCUUCGAGCUGUCGAAGGGUUCAUGGGGGACGAAGCUCGCCGCGACCACUCGAGCACAGUCUCCACGGGUUGUCAAAUUGAUGCAUCGGUGCACCUUCUUGAAGACGUCAACAACCCUGCGGACAGCAUCUCUAGCGGUGGGGUGUCAUCAGGUCCGGACAACUCGACGGGUGCCGUCGUGCUAGCUCGAGAACUGGCCAAACUGCCGAUGCCAUGGCGGACGGCGUUUUCACUGCUGCAUGACGAUGAAACUGCGACGUUGUUGUCCAAAGAUGAGAUGCUGCACGACGUGUCAGCUAUCUACGCCGCGUACGACGACAUGCUCGUGCGGCCCAGCCACCACGACGAAGUCAUAUUGAACACCACCACCCUCCCGUUCACGGCAUUCGUCAUGUCGUACUUUAUGGUGUUUCCCCGCAAAGUGCCUUCAACAUCACACGAAUCGUCUGCCGACAGUUGCAUCGAACCGGACGCUGAAAUCCGACAAGGGCCAGCAUGGGCGAGCUGGGAAUGUGCGCGGCUCGUCGUGUCCGUUCAAGUCCACGUGCAGGGGGCGGUGGGGGUGGACUGGCUCGGGUACUUUGCCGUGUUUCUCGGGCUCUCCAGAACGCUGACGUUGCCGCUUCCGCGGGCGCUGGACGCGUUCCUCUUGGCGCGGCGCAUGCUCUAUGCGACCACCGUAAUGCGCCAGCGGCAUGCCGAUCCGUCGUCCAUGGAUGUGAUCUGGGUCAUGGCCAAAGACGCGAUGCUGCCGAGCGCCGCGUACUCGUUGCAUACGACGGCGGUCAAGAUUCUCGGCACGUUCACUCGAACCCCAGAUGUAUACUUGAAUGUGCUUGCGGAUAAGAGCACGAGUGUCGACUUGUUCACUGAAGACGAUGUCGGCAACCGCGGGGUCAGUGCGGCGCUGGUGCUGCAUGUCGACACGGCCUUGUUGGUGCUCAUGCAAGCCUGGGUGCGAGAGCACCACCACACACUCCAAGUCCUCCAACGGAUCUUUGGGGCGGCGUUGACCCACGACGACGGGUCAAUAUCGUACGGAGAGUUCGUGACCAUGUGGGGGUUCAUCGACUCGACGAUCCCGCUGGAUCGGCUGUGCACCAUCUACAUGCAUGCAGCGCAGCACGACAGUGCGAGUGCCUGUGGCGAUGCGGCCACGACUCACUUGAUUCAAUCGCUGUACACGAGCGAGUGCUUUGCCGAGCUCAAAAAGCCAUGGUUGGGGGUGUCGGCUAUGCAUGUGGCCUGCCCCCACCAGCGCGUGUGGGACGAAGGCGUGGACGGCCUUGUCGCGAUGUGGAGAGCGACGCGGGACCGCGUGCUGGAUCGGCUCGGGGAGCUGAAAGCCACGACGCAAGUCAACCUGGCCAUGGUGCACACGUGUGAGGAGCGGCAGGUCAAGUUGGAGCGUCUCUUGGCGGCGGCGACGGCCGUCGACUGCGACGACGUUCCCACGGCGGUCGAGAUGGCCUGGUUUGCGUGUCAUUUUCUCCAGCAAGAUAUUCACGCGACCACCCACGCCAUCAUGAGACAGCAGAAACCCAACAAGAAACCACAUCACUGGGCGCCACCGACGACCUCAAGCGUUGUGUCGUCGUCAUCUAAAAAGGCAGGGGUGGUGGCAGAGGUAUUGGUGGAUCGUCGGAGUUCUGUCCCCCACAUGCAACACUCGGAAUGAAACCAAAGCUCAAACCUCUACCGGUUCACCGCCGCUAUAAGACACAUAACAACGGCAAAUUGCUUACACGUUGGAGUGGGAGGGAUAGGCCAACGUCAAUAUAUUCUAUAGAGCUUGU